AGUCCUCCCACCAGAGUGAAAAACAACAGGCAGGGUAUAAAAGGGGGGAGAGGUGGAGGAGGAGACUUGUUUUUGUUCAAGGAGUUGAAGCAACGCAGAGCUGAGCUGAAAGAAGAAUAACUUUUCAUAUCUGGGGAGUGAGGAGGCACUGCAGGCAUGUGGGCGUGCCUCAGCCUGCUCCUCACUCUCUGCCUGCUCCAUGGGGGCGGAGCAGAGAGUGACGGAGGCGGGCGGCGAUGUCAGUUGCCACCAACUUGGAGGAUAGGGGAGGUGGAGCCGAUGAAGGGGGCCAUGGGCCAGGUGACGGUGGUGGCCCUUUUCCAGGCUAGCUGAUUGUUCUGCUUGGUGCAGGCUUCCAGAUUGGAAUCCCUGCGCCAGAAGCUGGAGCGUCAGGGUCUGAAGGAUGUGCUCUACAUGGUCGUAAAUGACCAAGGAGAGCAAGCCCAGCGCCUGCACCCCAUGCUGGCACAGAAACUAUCAGAGAACAUCACACUCUACAAACAGGAGGAACAACAGCCUAAUGUUUGGCAGACACUGAAUGGAAUGAAGGAUGACUUUUUCAUCUAUGACAGGUGUGGUCGUCUCACCCACUACAUUUCACUUCCAAAUUCCAUCAUUGGACAAGGCCACGUGGAGAGUGCCAUCAAAGACACCUACUGCAAACCCCUCUGUGGGGAAUGCCCUUAUAUGAGCACUGAGACACCAGAGGAGUGCACAGAGAGACCAGAUGCACCACAGCCUGACAAUCCCCCAGAGGAAGACACUGGUCACCAUCAUGGUCACGGGCAUGGUGCUCACCAUCAGGGACAUGACCAUGGUCAAGGUCACCAAGGGGUUCACCAUGGUUCUCACCUUGGUGGCUCAGGCCAUGGCCGUGAUCACAACCAUGGUCAGCACCAUGGAAACCAGGGUGGGGAUCAUGGUGGCUUUGGCCAUGAUAACCACGAUCAUGGAGAUCAUGGUCGUGGUCGUGAUAAUCAGCGUAGACAUCAUGGUUCUCAUCCCCGUGACAUUGGUCAUGGUCGUGAUGACCACCAUGAUCGUCACCAUGGAGGCCAUGGCGGUGAUAACACACAUGACCGUAACCAUGGAGAUCAUGGUGGUGAUCAGGUUUUGAGGCACCAAGGGCAGGAGAGAGACGCAGGAUUAUCUCUGAGGCAACAUCCCUCAGACUUAGAGCAGCUAGUAGUGCAAAUGCAUCAAAUGCAGCGGGACACCCAGGCGGCCCCUGUGGCACCCUGAGUAGCAGAUAAGGCGAGGUGAAAGUCAAAGCACAGCUGACAGUGGACAGCAGGCUCUGACAAUGAAGCCUCUCCUAAGUCCAGCUGAUGCUGACACUGACGCAGGCUGUUUGGUGAUGCAGGGAGCGAGCAGCCAGUCGGUCUCUGACACUGUGAAGGGGCGUUACCCGCCUCCUGACAGUGACACGGGCUGACAGGCGAUGUAGCCAAUACUGUUACGGAGAACUGACAGUGACGCUCGCCUCCUGCUGACUGACAGCAGCCUCAGUCAGCUCCCUGAGCCUGACCCCCCGGUGCCAGCUGAGCCUGAGAGCAGCUGUAAGCUGGCUCUGACAUCAGCUUGAUAUUAACACCAGAAACACCAGGGGCCCAGCGCUCUUUAUACCAACUAGUAUUACCCCGAGAGAAGAGCAGGGCGGUCCAUGACAGCAUGGGAUAGAUGAACAGGUGGGAUCCAACAUCACACUGAAGUAGAAAAAUAUCAUGUAUAUGAACACCAUUCAAAGCUUUAAGCUUGUUAAACUGAUCAUGCCCUGAAGAACACAUAAUGCUGUAGUUCACCUGUUCACCUGUCAGCAUGUCUGUAUGGGUCGCUCUCAUCUUUUCUCAGGAGUGUAUGUGGUUGUCAUGUUCUCUAACUGCCUCCUCCACUUUACUCUCUCCAUCCUCUAUGAACCCAGGCGCAGAAACUACGCACUAGUGGCGUCUGUAUGAAGUCCGGCUGGGGAGAGAGGAGAGGGUUCGUUUUUGGACAUGACAAACACUUUCAGAACAUUCCAAGUUCAGAAAAAAAAGAAGAUAAUUUGAGAGAACAGAAACAUUAAAUACUAAAAAAGCAACAACACAGGCAAUUAUUAAAGAAGAAGAAGAAAAACUUUAAUGUGAGUUAGGUCAUCAUCAAGUUUUGUGAGGAAAUAUGAUGUGGUUAAUAACAGAAAUUUUGUUUGAGGAAAUAUAAAAGCUGAGGAUUAAAAAACUUGUAUUAGAACCCCAAAAAUGCUAAUUCCAAUAAUGUGAUUUGAUUGGAUUGUUUUCAAGCAUAUCUAAGAGCAGUAAAUGAAUGUAUUCUCACAAACAUGCACACUUUGAAUGUUAAGUUUUUAGCAUUUCUGUUUAUUUUCUUUGCAUUUUAAGAUUUUCUCUUUAGGUUGCAACUUGCACACAUUUCUAUAUAAAAAGAAGCUUACUUAAAAAUAACAAGCUCAGUUGUUUGGGAAAGUUUGAAGGAUAAAUGAGAGUUAGGCAAAAAUGACUGAUGGAAUACUCUUUGUGUUUAAUGACGGUUUCUGUGGGAAGACGAAAGUCACCCUGAAUACCUGAUGUCUGCACUGAGGCUGUAUUGUGUUAAGGUAAACUGUGGAAACUGUGAGAUGAAUAAAGAUGGUUGAGUUACUAACGA